GAUGGAGACAGCGUUCCCUCAGGCCAGUGUGUGCCGAUCUCCCUCGCCCGGGCUUGGCAGGUCAGUGAGGAGGAGCUAUCCAAACAAAGGAGCUCCAUGGUCACUCCAAACAAAUGUGUCCACCGUGGGAAAGUGGCUCCCAAAGGAGCAGGGCCCCGGGCAUCGGCAGAGCCAUGCAUCCUCCCAGGCAGCGGCUGCCACUAUCUCUUUCCGCUGUAGGGCAUCCUUGAGGAAACCUGGCAGAGCACAGUGCUACUCCUCUGGACCCGCCUACAUCCUCUGGACAACUGGCUCUCACACAGCCACAGGUGGAAAGCUGACCCAUGCCCCCCCCAGUGUGAUGAGGCUGACCGGCUGGGUUGCUGCGUGCUGGCUUGCCCACGUGGGCGUGCUGCUGGGAGAGCAGCUGAAACAGGCCCGAGCCCCGCUGCUGCCCCACCGGCCAUUUGUGGUCGUGUGGAACGCCCCUACGGAGUCGUGCCGCCUGCGCUUCAAGGUGGACCUCGACCUGAGCGUCUUUGACAUAGUGGCUAAUCACAACGAGACUCUGAGCGGCCCCAACGUCACCAUCUUCUACCACAGCCACCUGGGCUACUACCCGUACUACACCAGCGCCGGGGUGCCCGUCAACGGCGGCCUCCCGCAAAACCAGAGUCUCACCAAGCACCUGAGCAAAGCUCGCGCCGACAUCGACAAGCUCAUCCCCUUUAAGGACUUCCGCGGCCUGGGCGUCAUCGACUGGGAGAACUGGCGCCCCCAGUGGGUGCGCAACUGGGGCUCCAAGGACAUCUACCGGAACAAGUCCAAGGAGCUGACCCGCAGGACCCACCCCAACUGGCCCCAGAGCAAGGUGGAGCACGAGGCCAAGGAGCUGUUCGAGCGGGCCGGCCAGGCCUUCAUGAACACCACGCUGCAGCUGGCCGAGAGCAGGCGGCCGCACGGCCUCUGGGGCUUCUACUUGUUCCCCGACUGCUACAACUACGGCUACAAGCAGCACCCGCAGCGCUACACGGGCGAGUGCCCCAACGUGGAGCAUGUGCGCAACGAUCACCUCAUGUGGCUCUGGAGGGAAAGCACUGCCCUCUACCCCUCCAUCUACCUGGACUACGAACUCAAGUCCUCACCCAACACGGUCAAGUUUGUGCACUAUCGUGUUAAGGAGGCCAUGAGGAUUGCUUCAAUCGCACGCAAUGACUUCACCCUGCCUGUGUUUGUCUACUCUAGGCCCUUCUAUGCCUAUACAUUUGUUGUCCUCACUGAGAGUGACCUGGUCCACACCAUUGGAGAAAGUGCAGCUUUGGGAGCUUCAGGAGUCGUCCUCUGGGGCUCCUCAGAGUACGCCAGAUCUGAGAGGAACUGCCUGACAGUGAAGAAAUACAUUGAUGGUCCCCUUGGCCAUUAUGUCAUUAACGUUACAUCUGCCGCCAAGUUGUGCAGCAAAGCUCUGUGCAAGAAGAAUGGCAAGUGUGUACGGAAGAGCCUGGACUCUGGGGCCCUCCUGCACCUGAACCCACGCUUCUUCCACAUCCACCGCAGCCCAGGUGCCCGCGGCCCGCGCUUCCACGUCAGUGGCCACCUCAACAACCACGACAUCCUGGACAUGAAGCACAAGUUCACCUGCCAGUGCUACCAGGGGUGGACAGGAAUCUACUGCGAGAUGCCCCAGACAUCUGCCCUGCAGCCAGCGCCCACAGACGGCCUUCUGGGUGACCUGCUGUUUGCUCUUUCCAUGCACUUCUCCUGUCUGUCCAUCAUCAUGUUCCUCAGCCUCUGCCUGAUCAUCAAGUGCCUAAUACUGUAGACAAGUACUGUAGGUGGACAAGAAACUCAAGAGAGAACAUUUUGAUGUGAUCAUUUAAAAAGUAUUCUACAGGGGGCAGAGUUUGAGAGACAGAGAAACUCAAUAGUUACUUACUCAGUCACUUACUUACUCAGUGCUCACCUAACAUCAUGUAAAAUGUAAAAACCUGAAAGAAGUAUUGAGCAAUUAAUGAUAACCUAAUAAUAUUAUUACUACCAUGACUUUUCUGUACAGAUCUUUUUCAAAUAUUCUGCUAUGAAAAUAAUGUUCAAAUAAAUGAUACUUAUAAAUCAACCCGAAUGUUUUCUGCCUGUAGGUUGUACCAGAUGUCUGAACCUUAUCAAUUCACAAUUGUGAAUACUAAUACAAUACUUCCCUAAGUAUUGCAUCAUAACUGUAGACAAUAACUGUUAGCCUGACAUAGCCAGACUCAAUUCUAUUCAGAAUUUGAGUUUGGUACCGCUCCAUUGGGAUGCGAUUAUAGGGCGUGUUUCCGAACGGGGAUAAAUGCCUCUGAAAGCAAUAUUAUUAGAUAAACCUAACCAAUCAAGGUAUUGAACCCUCUAUACGCAUUAUGAUCUGAAUGGGGAAAAAAUGUUUGUAAUGUUUUUCCUGCUUAAAAAUAGUCACUACAUAUUCGAGGCACGAUUGGAUACUUUCGCUGAGUCACAUCCGGAUUUACCCGGACCGGGUCCAGAAAGUUGCAUAUUCGUUUUUUCCGCGG